AGCUGCGGGCGUGGGGGUGGCAGCAGCCGCGGAGCCGGCACCGAGAGCGGCCGCGGCCGGAGCAGGCGGCCGAGACAAAGGCCACGAUAGGGCCAGUUUGAGUCUGGAUUUUUGAGUGAAACCUCAAAUCCAAAUGAGAAGAAACCUUCAAGGAACAACUGUCGACAGUCAGUGUGCAAAAUCAUCUGUGUGGAGCAAAUGGAAUGUUCUCACCCCAGAGGUAACUGAAUGGAUGACUCCAUUGCCGAGGAGUGACUCCCUGCUGUAGGCUCUAAGUUCAAGACAACAGUUUUUGUACUUCCUGGUGGUGCAGAAGCAUGUCUCUAUAGAACCAGAAACAAAGCAAGAAAAGAAUCUGACUUUUUCUUUAAAUUGUGGAAGAUACUUGACUUCCAGGAACAAAAGCACAGUAAAAUAACAAUAUUAUUUUGGCUUUACUGAACAUUCAUCUUAUUGAGGAGUGUGCCUGAGUUGAAAUUCGGAAUCCUCACUGCUGCUACUGUGUACCUGGAACUGUAACCAUGAGUGAAUUCUGGUUGUGUUUCAACUGCUGUAUUGCAGAACAGCCUCAGCCCAAAAGGCGACGACGGAUUGACCGAAGUAUGAUUGGAGAGCCAACCAACUUUGUACACACGGCUCACGUAGGAUCAGGAGACCUGUUCAGUGGGAUGAAUUCAGUUAGCUCCAUUCAGAACCAAAUGCAGUCCAAGGGAGGCUACGGCGGGGGCAUGUCUGCCAACGUGCAGAUGCAGCUGGUGGACACGAAGGCAGGAUAGCCAUGCUUCCCUCCCCGUUAUUGUGAAUUUCUAUAUUUUUUCUGUCCACUCUUCUCCAAAUUUGGUCUUGUGAUUGCAUUUCUCUUAUUUUUAAUUACAAACAAGAAGUGUGAUGACAGCUUGUUCACCUCCUUGUGAUUCCUCCGCUGAGAUGUUACUGUUUUGCUCCAAGAAGACUCUGUCAGCCGAGCCCUUCAUUCCCUUCAGCUGCCAUGCAUGCCUUUGGACUCCUGGACAGAGCUCUUGGGAUCGUAGCUGAAUUUCCCACGUUUAAUCAGUAUGGAUCUGACCGCAGCAUGAUUUUUUUUUUGUGAAUGCUAACACCAUUUUGUAGUUCUUCUCCAUUUUAAACAUUUUUCUUUGCACUUCCACCCCCUCUGCCUUAUGAUUUCACCAGUAAGCAAGGACACACUGUUAUCUGCUAACUUGUCACCACUGAUGUGUGAUCCUUCAACAGACUAGGGAUGUGUGUGCGUUCCGUAAUCGCUUCGCUGGGAGCCCACAGGGUGUAGCAAUUGAAAUGGUCUCGCUGCUCUGGGUUAGUGAUACUGCUGCUGCUAGAGACAGGUGGCGACAGCAGCACCUCACAUCAGUUCCAUAGAAACAGAAACUUACAGCCUAGUAUAAAGGCAUAGCUUGGGGUCUGGUUGGAGUUGCAGUAAAAGCAAAGCCAGCGUUCUUAUGGCAUUCAUCUGUUGUCAGGGUAUUUAUUUGAGCACCAGGACCUGUGGUUCUGUAUCUGCGUGUGGGGUAGUCUGCUCAGCCAGUCUGAUCCUGAGCAUCUUCAUUGCUCUGUGUAUGCAUUGCCUGUUGCCUGGUUAGUUCUGUUUAAUACGGUGCUGUCCCGUGUGUGGAGCUUGUGGCCAGUGUCCUAAGGCCGGGCCUCCAGAGCCGCAGGCCGUAGAAGUUGGCAAGAACAGCACACUGACCUGGCUGAACCAUUGCCAGGGAAAACAGCCUUGGCUCAGGUUCCAAAAUGUAUUUAUCCUUUGCUGAUUUUGUGUAUUUCAGAUACUUCUGUAAAUGUUUCUUUUUCUACACUAGAGUAUUGUUACGCCCCAGUCAGUGGUUUGUGUUCUGUGUAAACCCCAGGUCCAGUUGAGGCCUAGCCAACGGUAUGUAGUAGGAUUAACAUUUCAUGCAGUGCUAUUGGGGAGCUGUUUCCCUCUGCUUUCAGUUACCAUAGUCCCAGGUGCUUGUGAAACAGCUGCCUGAGCUGAGUGUCAGGUUGACACAGGCAAAACAUGAAUGCAUUUCUCCUCUCCAUCUUCCCAAAGUAGAGCACCAGCUUACUCCAUCCGUGUGUUUUGCCAUGUUGAGCCUUCCUACCUGCCAGUUCCAAGCACAGAGAAAGAAUAAUCAAGGUAAAACAUUGGACUCUUCAGAAAUAAGCAGUUUAACAACUUCUAAACCUCACUUCCUCUGCUGUCAUUAAUUCCUGGUGCAUUCUGGGAUCUGCCCCGCUGCACUGCUGGGGUGAGCUCUCUGACAGAUGAGGUUCUUUGGCAUUAUGAGCACUGAAAUGAUUCUGUCUACUUCAGUUGUGACUUUUUGUGCCUGUCAUUUUGUUCCUGAAACAAGAGGAUCAGGAGCCAUUGUCCUUCGCCCAGCUCCUGGUUUAUUUUAUUCCUCAUUCUCAUCGCUAUGUUUGCAACUGCUCCAAGGAGCAGUGUGUGCCGGCGGUGCAAGAGUGUUUCACGGUAAACCCUGGGCUGGGCGCUUCAGCCUUUUGCUGUCGUGCACAGGCCCAGGGGCGACCCCCUGUAGAGCAGCCCGUGCCAUUAUUCAGGGAGGCAGCUAACCCCGUUCACACGUGGGACCGUGGUUCUCAGGAGGCACCGUUCCCUUUAGCAACACCUCUCUGAACUGAAGAUGAUUUAAUCAACAGAGGUCCGGCGCGAAGUUCAUGAUGCUAUCAAUACUUUGCUAACAGCUGCUCAGGCAAGGGGAGCGGGACGAAGAGUGAUCCCACGGAUUGGGGCAGCAGUCACCUGCAGUGACUUCGGGGCAGCAUCCGCUUUCACUCGUGUUAUUAAAUUAUAGCAGUUUCAUUAGAGAACAAGUUUGCCUUGAUUUUGUUUAAAAUGACUUCUGCUUAGCACCCAGAAGAUAAAAUUGACAUAUUUUUAUAAUAUAAGCAUACUUUUUUUGUACAUUGUGUUCAUUCUUGAAUAAAGUGAGUUCAGUGUUGGCUUAUAGAUAUUAAAAAAAAAGUAUUGAUUUUGAUUCAAUAAAUGUUUUCUUCCA